AUGGAUUACUCUGCGAAACCACUUUUAUCCAAUAAAAAAUCAGCAACAAUCAGUAAAAACAUUGUUAACCAACGGAGAACUGUAAAACGUUCUGUUCGGAAUUGUUUUGGAUUACGAAAUCGUUGUACAAACAAGUCUGAUCAUAUAUCAAUGGAAAGUAUUGUCGAUAAUCAAUAUAUGAAAACUAAUAAUAUUCAUAUUGACCCUAAUGAAGAUACUUUAUCAAUUAUUUGGCUAGACCCUGAUAUUGAUGCUUCAGAAUAUCAAGAGAAAUGCAACCCUCUAACAAAAUCGUUAAAGAUUUUUACCGAACAUAAAAGCUGUGAAGCAUACAUUCAACACUUGGCAGUUGAUGAAGAAUUUAUUUUAUUUGUAGCCAUUAGUAUCAGCCAUACCAUCAUACCAUUUGUACACAAUUUAACACAACUCAUUGUAAUUUAUGUUUAUUCAAGUGAUCAACGUGACAAAGAAAACAUAUAUCCAAUGUAUUGGAAGGUACAGCACAAGUAUAUUACGAAGAUGGAUGAUUUACUUCCCAUAUUUCGCUAUGAACAAAGUCAAUAUCACGAACAUUUGGAUAAACGCCAAUUUUUAAAUAUUUAUAAAUCAGAAGGAUAUAUACGUGCUAUAAAUGAAAUAGAAUCAAAUGAUCGUUUCAUAUGGAUGUAUAAUUUUGCUAUAAUAUUCUUUCAUAUGGAUCCAGUAUUAUCCACUGUGACAGCAAAACAUGAAAAAGAAGAACUUAUUAUAAAACUUCGAACACUCUACAGUUAUGAUGUUGAAGCUUUGAACGAGAUUGAUGACUUUAACAAGGAUUAUAAUACAGAAAAUCCAAUCAAAUCUUAUGAUAAAAUGAAAUCGAUACGAGAAAUACUAAAUAAAGCUUUACGUCAAAAAGAUUUCGAACUCAUAGGUCUUUUUCGAUUUUUCAUAUUUGAUCUAUUUGAACAGAUCAAAUCGAAUUAUAGAAUGAUACAUAGAAAUGAAAGAACAGAUGAUUCAUACCAAACGUUUUAUGGUACUAAAUUGAUUCCAUUUAAUCAAAUUGAAGAAAUAAUUAAUUCAAAAAGACAUUUAGUAUCAAUCAAUGUCUUUUGGUCAAUGAGUCUAGAUGACAACAAUACAACAGCCCAUUUAACUCAGCCUGUUACUCUUAUGUUAUCAAGAGAUUUCAGAAUAGUUCAUUUCACAGUAAAAAUGCUUCAAAGCUUUCGCAUGGAACACGAAAACUUUCAAGCAAUCGAUAAUCUUUACUAUUACCAGAGUGAAAAUGAAAUUUUGUUUCCACCAGGUACAAUAUUCAAAAUUGUACAUCGUCCCAUAUCGUAUCAGGACGAAAACUUAUUUUAUAUCCAAUUAGAGCUAGCACCAUUUAAUAUUAUACCUGAAUUCGAUGAGAUUGUUCAAUUUUGGAUUAACAAUGAAAAUUUAAAAACAAAUCAAAUCUCACUUGGUCUUAUGAUGAUUCAAACCGGUCAAUUAAAUGAAGCUAAAAAAUAUUAUGAAUCAUUAAUUAAAUAUUUGCCAGAUAAUCAUCCAUUGGAAAAAUAUUGUAAAUAUGGUUUGGCCAAUCUAGCACAAAAGAAAGGUGAAAUCGAUGACGCAGAAAAAUAUUAUAAUGAAGCAUUUGAAAAUCAAGUUGAUACUUUACUAAGAGCACGAGUCACAUGUGCAUUAGCCAAUAUCUACUUUUCAAAGAAUGAUAAAUCGAAAGCACUUGAAUACUACAAAUUAGCAUUAUCCAUGUUUAAUAAAAAUCAUAAAGACUCCAUGCUAGAUAUUAUUGAAUGUUAUACAGGUAUUGGAAAAUAUUAUCAAACUUCUCAAAUAGAUAAGGAUUAUGAAAAAGCAUUAAAAUCCUUUACAAAUGCAAUAAAUGAGUUAGACAAUUGGAUUUCGAAAAAUAUACGUAAACAAUGGAGAUAUGUACCGUUCAUAAUUAUUCCACUGCUGAAAAAUAUCGGUGAAAUUUUUCGUCUUAAACAUGAGUUCAACAAAGCGUAUGCAUGUCAAUAUACAAUACUAUUGAUGUGUAAAAAGUUUCCCAUAUCGAAUGAUUCUCAAGUGGGCUCUAUAUAUGAAGAAAUUGGUAGAAUUUAUCAAGAAGACAAAAAAUUGAAAUUGGCUCUAACAUUCUACCAUAAAGCUGCUGAUAUAUAUUAUUGGUGUUAUUCUCAAACAAGCAACCACAAUAUUAAUAUUCAGAAGUUAAUUCAAGAUAAUAUUAAUCAAAUGAAAAAACAAAACACAGCAUUUAUCGAAGAAGAAUACAAGUACGAACCAGCACAGUUAGAAGAUUUUCUACCUCGACAAUUACUAGAUAGGUUAUUACAACAAAUUGAUCAAAAGCCCUUACAACAGAACAAUUUAUCACGAAUUUAUACGAAGCUAUCAGGACAAGAAAAAUCACCACAAGCCGAUGAGAAAUCAGCACAACAGAACGAAUUAACAACCAUCGAUGAAAACUUAGAACAACAUGAUAAAGUAUCAGAAUUCGACGAGAAGCCAGCACAACAUGUCAAACCACCACAAGUCGAUGAGAAAUCAGCAGAACAUGAUGAAUUAAUACCAAUCGAUGAGAAGCCUGCAGAGCACGACGAAUUAUCAACAAUCGGUGAAAACUUAGAACAACAGCAUAAAUCAGGAUUCGAUGAGAAGUCAGCACAAUAUGCUAUAUUACCGCAACUCGAUGAGAAACCAGUGAAACGCGAUGAAUUACAAUUAAACAAUGAGAAGUCUGCAAACCACAGCAAAUUUCAGCCGCCCGGAGUGUGUCCUGAAAAAUCUGCUGAGGUCCUACAUUUACCUCAGAAGCGCAAAGGUAAUUAUACCAUUACCCCAUAUGGGAAUAUAAUCACUCUUACUGACAUAGAAGUUUUCACAGCAACAAUUUACGCAGAAGCAAGAGGUGAGCCUUAUGAAGCACAAAAAUGGGUUGCUUGGGUAAUCAAGAAUCGAGCUCUAUUGAACAGGUCGUAUUGGGGUGGAAACACCAUCAAAGGUGUAUGUUUACAACCUGGUCAAUUCGAAUGUUGGAAUGGUAGAUCUAACAUUGAAAUUAAUGAACCGGAAGCAUAUGCACGAAUCUCCCAAUUGGCCAAUGAUAUUUUUUAUGCAAAUCAGUCUCAGGAUCCGACUGGAGGAGCAAAUCAUUACAAUUACCCAGCCAAAGAAGGUAAUCCACCGUGGAGUCAAAACUGUCUUCAAUUACGAAAAAUUGGGAAUUAUCAGUUCUAUAAAAGUCUUUAA